AUGGAGAGGAGAAAUCCUAUGGGGGCUGUGAAGGUCCUGACGCCAUGUAUGUCAAGUUAAUAUCUUCUGAUGGCCAUGAAUUUAUUGUAAAAAGAGAACAUGCGUUAACAUCAGGAACAAUAAAGGCCAUGUUGAGUGGACCAGGGCAGUUUGCUGAGAAUGAAACCAAUGAGGUCAAUUUUAGAGAGAUCCCUUCGCAUGUGCUAUCGAAAGUGUGCAUGUAUUUCACCUACAAGGUUCGCUACACUAACAGCUCCACCGAGAUUCCUGAAUUCCCAAUUGCACCUGAAAUUGCACUGGAACUGCUGAUGGCUGCAAACUUCCUAGAUUGUUAAAUAAAAUAAAUUAUAAUAAACUGUUAAUUUUUCAGUAUUUAAUACCUGUAGUUCAGUUAGUAAUUUUUUCACAUAUAGCAUGUUGCUUGUAUGAAAUUGAACUCAAAGUUAAUUGCUGAGCAGAUUCCUUCUGUCAUUUGCAUAGCAGAGUUGAAAUUUGUUUGCUACAUCAACAAAGGGCGUUCACAAGCCAAGAAAUAAACAAGUAAUGCCAGUUUGUAGGUGGUUUGCUUUCUCCUUUAAAAUUCUAUGUAAUAUAGCCGGGUGGUGGUGGCGGCACAUGCUUUUAAUUAAUCCCAGCACUGGGAGGAUCUAUGAAUUCUAGGCCAUCCUGCUCUAUAGAGCGAGUUCCAGGACAGGCUGCAAAGGUACAGAGAAACCCUGUCUUGGAAAAAAAUCAAUACAGCAAAUCCUGGGAUGUAAGGUGAAUACAGGGCGAAGUAUUUUUAUGUUUUCAGUGUUUUUAAGAACCAGUCCUGAUCUUAACAGCCACGGAGCAUUACUAAAGUUAUUGAAAUAAUUACCUGGAAAACAUGUUUAUAACUUAGCCAAGCCUUCAUUUUGUAACUCAAAAAAUAAGAGUUGAAAUUUCUUAAUGUCUUUUUUGAUAAACUGCAGUGUUGUUUAAUUGUACCUUGUGUUUUGUUUAUUGCUACAAUUUAAGAACUUUAUUUAAAAACAAUUUUGGAAGAUUACUAGGUGCAAGUUUUGGAAUAGUAACUGUUUACACUAGCCAUCUAGUCAAGUAAAUGAUGAUUUAAGAAUCCCUGUGCAUUGUGUGCAUUUCAACAGUCCAAAGCAUGAUUUCACUGACCUCUGGCUCCCUUACAUUUUUAUUCUUCAUGGUCCCUUGGGAUUACCUUGUAUGUGUUGAAAUGUGUCCUGCUACAUUUCAUGAUUUUGUUCUAAUCAUAGAAUUAUAGUUUUCCUGCUCUGUUGGAAUGUUGUAAAAUAAGGACUGAGCAAUUAGUUAAACCCCAUGGUGCACUUAGACAGCUACCCUCCACUUUCAUGUUCCAGUCAAUCAUACUAAAAGCUGUGGGGCUUCUGAAGUCACUCAGGAUGUUAUCAUUCAGCCUUUAUACUAAGAUAGAACAUCUUAGGUGAAGGGGCCAGCUCUAGAACAAUCUGUCCUAGGACUAAUACAGAUUAAUUCUGGUAGCUACAGAAAUCUAAAGACAACUGAUCCUCUUAAACCUGCAAGUUGUGCUUUCCAGCAUAUUGGAAACAUUAAAUGGAAACUGGUUAUCUUUAGCAAUGUUUCAAGGCAUACUGAUACAUAGUUUAGUUCUGGGCUGGGGGUAUUUAGAACUCAGUGGUAGUGCUAUCAUGACAAUGCUCUCCAGAUAAUCUCUCUAGUUAACAUGGAUUUGCUCUUUAUAUCAGAUAGCUAUAAUCAAAGGCCAAAAGAUGGAUUUCAAAAGGCAAUAGCUAGAAAUAAAGUUUAGCUUGGACCAGUAUUUCCAGAAGUAACCUUCAGAGCAUCAGAAUAGCAACACACUAGACCAAUUUGUACAUGAUGCAGCAAAUGGCACUUGGUGUGUUAAUAAAGUUAAUAUUGACUGAAAAGGUA